AUUCUUGUGCCGUUUCUCGGAAAAGCUUUUCAGUAAAUGCACUCAUGCUGCUCCAGAAGCUCUUCUCUGCAACAAGCCGCCCAUCUGCCAUCAACAAGUUAAGACCGAGAGAACUAACAGCUGCGGUAAGGAAAGCCUGAAGCUCCGAUGGUCAGCAGUAAUCAGAGGAGGAGGAAAUUAUUAACUUAUAAUCAAAGCUGAUUUAGGGGAUCAGAGCACCACAGAAAAUGAAACCGAUUCUAUCCAGAGGAAUAUCCUAAGGGAAAAACCAAUUCACCCUGGCAGAUCUGAAUUUUACUUGGAAAGCCUGGGACACAGAAAACAGGAAACCGGUCAAAGGCUCCUGCAUGUUAGAGCCUUUUACAGACUCACUGCGUUGAGUCUGACCACCUCGACUGAAUGCAGCCUCCAAUGUGCUCAGAAGAAUGGGCUUACAUUUCAAGUGGCCAUUAGGGGCCCCUAUGCUGGCAGCAAUAUAUGCAAUGAGUGUGAUUUUAAAAAUGCUGCCUGCCCUGGGUAUGGCGUGUCCACCCAAAUGCCGCUGUGAGAAGCUGCUCUUCUACUGCGACUCUCAGGGCUUCCAUUCAGUGCCAAACGCCACAGACAAGGGUUCUCUGGGCCUGUCCCUGAGGCACAAUCACAUCACAGCGCUUGAAAGAGAUCAAUUUGCCAGCUUCAGUCAACUCACCUGGCUCCACUUAGAUCACAAUCAAAUUUCAACAGUAAAAGAAGAUGCUUUCCAAGGACUAUAUAAACUUAAGGAGUUAAUCUUAAGUUCCAACAAAAUAUUUUACUUGCCAAACACAACUUUUACCCAACUGAUUAACCUGCAAAAUUUGGACCUGUCUUUUAAUCAGCUGUCAUCUCUGCAUCCUGAGCUCUUCUAUGGCCUUCGGAAGCUGCAGACCUUGCAUUUGCGUUCCAACUCCCUGCGGACUAUCCCAGUACGCCUGUUCUGGGACUGUCGUAGUCUAGAGUUUCUGGAUUUGAGCACAAACCGUUUGCGAAGUUUGGCUCGCAAUGGAUUUGCAGGAUUAAUCAAACUGAGAGAGCUUCACCUAGAGCACAACCAGCUGACAAAGAUUAAUUUUGCUCAUUUCCUCCGGCUAAGCAGUUUGCACACACUCUUCUUACAAUGGAACAAAAUCAGCAACUUGACGUGUGGGAUGGAGUGGACCUGGAGCACUUUAGAAAAGCUAGACCUAACCGGAAACGAGAUCAAAGCCAUCGACUUAACCGUGUUUGAAACCAUGCCUAAUCUGAAAAUACUCCUCAUGGAUAACAACAAGUUAAACAGCCUUGAUUCCAAAAUCUUAAACUCCCUGAGAUCCCUCACAACCGUUGGCCUCUCAGGCAAUCUGUGGGAAUGCAGCCCCCGAGUGUGUGCUCUGGCCUCCUGGCUGGGCAGUUUCCAAGGUCGGUGGGAGCAUUCCAUCCUAUGCCAUAGCCCUGACCACACCCAAGGAGAGGAUAUCCUAGAUGCAGUCCACGGGUUUCAGCUCUGCUGGAAUUUAUCAACCACUGUCACGGCCAUGGCUACAACUUACAGAGAUCCAACCACUGAAUAUACAAAAAGAAUAAGCUCAUCAAGUUACCAUGUAGGAGACAAAGAAAUUCCAACUACUGCAGGCAUAGCUGUUACUACAGAAGAACACUUUCCUGAACCAGACAAUGCCAUCUUUACUCAGCGAGUAAUUACGGGAACAAUGGCUUUAUUGUUUUCUUUCUUUUUUAUUAUUUUUAUAGUGUUCAUUUCCAGGAAGUGCUGCCCUCCCACUUUAAGAAGAAUUAGGCAGUGCUCAAUGAUUCAGAACCACAGGCAGCUCCGAUCCCAAACACGACUCCAUAUGUCAAAUAUGUCAGACCAAGGACCGUAUAAUGAGUAUGAACCCACCCAUGAAGGACCUUUCAUCAUCAUUAAUGGUUAUGGACAGUGCAAGUGUCAGCAGCUGCCAUACAAAGAAUGUGAAGUAUAAUAUCUACUCAUCAUCAAAAAUCACAUCAGAUAAGUAACCUAUUUUACAUAGUAGGAGCUAAAUACAUAUCUAAUUUUUAUCAAUGGUGACAUUAAGCCUAAUUUUCCAAACCAAGUGGAGACUUGAGUUUUUGAAGUGUUGAAGUAUUUUUAAUUUUUUUAAUGAAAACAUAUUUUAAGUGUUAAAUGAAGCAAUGCUCAUAUUAAUUUGCACUCUUGUUGGAAAGUCUAAAUGCUUACUUCAAUAUAAACAUUUCAUGUAUGUAAUUAUAUACUAUUGUAUGUAAACAUUUACACUAAGGUCUCCAUGUUAUUUUUUUUUUUUCUACUGAAAACAGUUCCGAAAGAAGCUACUAAACAAAAAUAGACAGGGAUGAAAACCUGUUUGAUUAUUAUUCUCCAUCCCAUGGACCACAACUGGCUUCCUGCUUAAAAGGAGACAGCAAAGUUCUCUUGUAAGAUAAUGUGGUAUUUACUCCAACUAUAAUUUACUGCCAGGAUGAGAGGUAGACUUACAUGUGUGCUUGAGACUGGUAAAUAUUAAACAUCAUUCUUUCAGAGUUUGGCCUGGUUUAAUAGACAUUAUCUAAGUUACAUCAUGAAACCAGCACCUUUUAUAUAACUCUAAUAAGACGGGUGACUCUUUAAUUUUCAACAAAACCCAAGCAAUUAUAAAAAAAAAAAAGGUCU